CAGACUGAACAUGUAGGAGUUCCUGUAUGUGAAACGGAACUUCCCAAAGAAAGCCCAGUGCAACGACAGCUUAUAAUAUCCCUCUUGCAGACUCCUCCUACUGAGUUGUCCUGGGAAACACUAACAACUAGAAGAAAGUGUAGACAGUUGUCCUGUUUUUAAACGUCGAAACUAGUAGGACAGCCACACCGCCGCUUAUCCAUUUCACUCUACCGUUCAAACCUUUUAAAAGGACAUUUCGGCCCAGUACUACACAGCGGAUCCAUCUAUUAGGCCGACUAUUAUGCUUCCGAAAGCUGCUGCUCCUUCACACUGACUUUCAUCAGCUUGAGUGUCCAGCAACAUGAAACUCAGUCCACAGCAAGCUCCACUGUAUGGGCGGUGUGUUAUCACAGUGCAGCUCGCUGAUGAAGAGCUGGCUGCAAAUGAGGAGGGUGUGGACUACUUCCUGCUAUUUGCUGGCAGCACACAACAGCACCUGACUACCACCCUAAGAAGCAGUCAUGACACCUUGCAGGCACUUUGUCCUGCUCAUGACUGCUGCGAGGUGGUGUUGGUCACCUUGUGUUCUGUUAACCGAGGUAUUCCUGCGGCCCCUACAAAAUUAAAGCCCUGUCUGGGUCCUGUGGAUCUACUGGCCGAGCAUCCAUUCAGCUUUGUCCAGGAUUUGGCUUUUGACAUGGCCCAGUUCCUGGUGAGCAUGGCAGGCUGUGCUUACAGCUUCGAUGGGGCACUGUUGCUGGAUGAGUGUCAGAUUCCUCUGCAAGAGUGUGAACGUCUAGAUGAGAGCCUGGCACUGGCCCUCCACCACCUCGUACUGCCUCCAGGAUGGAGCUUACUGGGAAGCCAACUAACAAACAGCACUGACCUGAAUCCUCAGGAGACUCUGCUGCAUUUCUCAGCUCGUCGGGGUCUGUUUCGGGUUACACACUUCUUGCUGCAGCAGUCUGGAGCCAGAGAAGCCCUGCGAUUGGCCAACAGACAAGGCCACACCCCAUCUGACAUUGCAGAUUUACGAGGACAACAGCAUCUUCACAAGCUCCUCACAACGGCUGACGUGGGCACAGAGACAAACAGAGGGACUGAGAGUGGCCCGUUGGUCUCUGCAGAUACACAGGUAGUCUGCCACCUCCCCAGGCUGAACACACACACUCUGACACUAAAUAUUCACUCUGGCCACGAACCUCCGACCCUUCAAAGAAGUGUGGAGCAGCUGCUGCACAUGAUAUGCCAUCUUCAUGCCUCGGGAGCUUCUGUACUGGAGCUGCAGUUUGAUUCUCUUCACACCGACGCUGAAUGUUGUGAAGGUGUAGAAACGAAGAUAACCUGUCUUGAGCAACCGCAGCAGCCUGCUACAGCAUCAGGGUGCCUGGACGCUGAAGGAAGCUGGGUAGAAAACUGCCCAGUGAAAAACAGCAGUGUUGUUGAUUGUGGACAUGGUGAGACUGGGAAUGCAGACAAAGACUGGAGUUUGUCUGUGAGUACUCCUACGAUUGAAGAACACCCCCAGGAGCAUGGCCUCAGCCCCCCAGAGGACGGGGUGUGUCUCAGUGCAAACACUGGGAGAGAUGACUGCCAAGCAGAGGAGGAGGGAAGAGAGCAGCCUGUUGUUUCUGCCCAGAGGUUAAGUUGGUGUGACAGGAGUGAAGGAGCAGAGAGUGAGGCUGAAGCAGCAAGCCUCACUGUGGGAAUCUUGCCACUAGCAGCCUGUAGUAAACAAGCAGCGGAAACUGAUAGAGGAGAGGCUGUGAUCCAGGAAGCCGCGAAAGGAGAGGACAGAUCUGAGCAGGAAGCACAGGACAGCACAGCCAGGGAGGAGGAGACCAACUCAAAGUCAACAGAUCUAAUAAUAACGCCCAGUGGAGACACGGAAGCUUUAGUCAUGGGCCAGUCGCCGUCGUCAGAGGUUUCAGAGGUUUCAGACAUCUCUGAUUUUGAAAUGGAGUGCUCCCAGGCAGGAGAGAUUGAACCAGUGGAGGAGCUCUGUGACAAUGAGAAGGCAGAGGGUGAAGGGUUGAAAGACCCUUUAACAACCACAGGGGACCUACCAGACCAAUCGCUGAUAGACUGUGAUGAUGUAAUCGAGGAGCCUAAAUCUGUUGUUCCACAUCUCCUGAUAGAAAGCCUCCACAAGGGGGAACCUCCACCAGACAUAAACAGCCUUAAACAAAACCAGGAAACAGCUGUUAAGGAUUAUGCUACAGAGCAGCAGAGGGGCUUGGCUACAGAAACUGGCCGUCAUUCUGGGAAUAGUACUGGAACAGCAAGCAGUAAAGAGCUAGAUAGUAAAGACAUAGCCGAACCUUCUGAAUACAGUAUUGACGAACUUGGCGAUACAGCUGAUUGUCAGACUGCUGUUAAUUCCAUGGAAGACACAUGGACUGAUCAACUUGACUGUGAACCAUCGCCUAAAAUUAUGCCCAGCUCUGGUAAUGGAUAUGCUGAUCUCGAUUCAGGCAUGGCCCAUAGCCAAUCCAGUGAUGACGUUGGCAGUUUUGGAUCAGUUGAAAACUCCUUGACAGAGAUUUUUCAUCCAACUCAGGACAGUGGCACUAUGGAGAAUCAGGACUUGUUUAAAGUUAAGCUAGCUGAACUAUCCUCAGCAAGAUUCAAGAUGGAGGAACAAAAUGAUCUGAACCCUGGUGAAAGCAGUGAAGAGUCAGUAAAUGUGGGCAUGGACCCACUGCUCCCCUUGGAGCAGGGGACUGUCACUGCACUGACAGGGACAGAUUUCGACCAAACUAUCACUCAGCCUGAAUCGCAGCUGUCAACCAGCCUCCAGAUAAUGAAGACUUUGAGUGCUGAGGGAACAGGAGAGAACCUCACCCCAGAACUCUUCAAAGAGGAAGAUCUAUUAUUAGUUCUGGCGUUGUCAGAGAGUGGGGAUCCUCCAGUGGUGGAGGUCGAUGAAAGUGAACAUGGAGAGGCCCUGGACAGCACUGACCCGAAUGCAGCGACUGAGCAUGCUGCAUCAGAGAUCACCACAGUGGUCUUACUUGAACCUAAUUCAUCUGUUGCAGAAGAGAACGAGGAUUCUGGCCCAGUUGGAGAAGUUCAUCAGUCAACAGAGGCUAACGUGGUGGCCACCAUGGAGGAGAGUGGAAACAUGCUAAUUGUGCUACCGAAACAGGAUCAUUCAGAGAUGACAGCAGAUGAAUUGUCACCUGAUAAUGGAUUAAGGCACUCAGAAAAUUGGAUAAAUGUGUCUUCAUCACAGGGUGUCACUUCAGUUUCUGACAGUGCACCUUCUCCAAACAAAGAAGUAUCCAGUGAACCACUUGUUGAGAAUAGGUUGAAUGAAAAUCCAGAGACUUUUGACACAAUGGAUGGCGCCUCAGACAGCCACAACAAUGCAGUCCAAGAGGUGGAAGUCAUCAAGUCUGAAGACAUUGUAAUUGGUUCAGGGGAGGAAGAAAAUGGCCCAGCAGCAGGAACAUACGUCUCCAUGAUCCACCGAGACAGAGAGGUGUUGUUUCAUCAGCCCUGCAACAUUCAGCAUUCAGACUCUUCAGCGUGCCCCAGUUUGCCUAGUAGGACUACCAGUUGUCCUGCCACAGCUCACAGAGAUUCUGGCAGCGACAUAGAAAGCUUUCUGAACACAGAGGCGGGAUAUGACUGCAUCUUCAGAAAGAAUGAUGAACCAGUGACAGGAGGAGACAGUACCAGCGAGGUGUCCAUCUCCUGCUCCUCAACCGACGACACCACCAGCAUCGACCCAUUCAGCUCCAGUCCUGAGGGCAUCCAGGGACUGGACCUCAGUUGGGCUGCAGAAGAGGGCCUCCAGACUGGAGCUACUGCCACUGCAGGACUGGAUGGUGGUGGUAGUGGAGGAGGAAGAGCAGGAGAAGCUGAAGAAGAGGCCAAAGACAGAGUGACAGAGGUUCCGCAGCGCUAUUGUUUCCUCCGGAACAGCAUCCGUUCUCUGUCACCUCUUCGCCGCCACAGCUGGGGUCCUGGAAAGAACAACGGAGGAGAAGCAGAGAUGAACCAGAGGAGUUCCACCCGUAGCCCUAGUGAGGGGAAGCCAACCUUUCACAGGAGAAGCUACAGCUUGGAGGGGCUCAGUGGGGUCCAAGAGGAGCUAAGAGCCCCCACCAUCCAGGGGCCCCGAAUCCUGGAGCCUACAAGGGUACCCCAAAAUGACAGUAAUGACAUAGGCUCCUUGGUUUCUCUGACAGAGGAGCAGGCGGAACUCAGGGAGCGUGGCAGAUUUCAUGACCUGAAAUCAAGACGCUAUCGACCUCUGCAAAACAGCUGUCCUCUUAUGACCCUGCCUCUUACCAAGUCUGUAUCCAUGCUGGCCAUCAGCCAGAGAGACAUUGAUGGUAUGAGGUCAGUUUCCAGCACCUCUGGGUCACUAGCAUACAGUAUAUCAGAGGAGGAGCCUGGGCCUCUGCGGAGCGACCAUGAGGGAAAGGGUGUGACAAAAGUCAGCCGGACCUUCAGCUACAUCAGGAGCAAGAUGUACAAAAAGACCAGGGAAAAGGAGCGAGAGAAGAGGGACAAAGACAAGGAGGGCAAGGAGAAGGACAAGAAGACUGUCAAUGGUCAUGUAUUCACAUCAGUCAGCUUGGGCCAGGCGGUUCAGUGUUCCCAGUGUAACAAGGCUUUCAACAGCAAAGAGGCUUUCCACUGCAUACAUUGUAAUGCUUCCGUCCACAAGGGCUGCAGGGACAGCCUGCCUAUUUGUGCAAAGCUGCCCAAGCAGCAGUUUGCAGUGCCAGAUUCAACCAGUCUUCCUACAGUCACAAUGAGGAACAAAUCUGGUGGGACGAGGGAGCGUCCCCGGUCAGCCAUCUUGUCCCCAGAAGACCAUUCAUCACUGACAAUCCCAUCAUCACAGAGGCAAACCAGCAUCAUGGCUUUCCAUGGCAACAACCUGUCCAAGAGUCUCUCCAUAAGCAACAUCGCCGGUCCAGUGUUUGAUGAAAUUCCCAUUAAAGGCCUGCGAUAUCUCUCCCAGUCUACUGACUCCCUCAACAGAACCAACCAGGUCACAGAAUCCAUGGAAUCACUCACUGAUGAAGGGACGGAGAUGAUGGACGGGCAGCUAAUGGGGGAGUUUGAGCCAGAGGCCAAGGAGCUAGAGGCUGAUUCAUGGAGUUUAGGUGUGGAGCAGCAGUACCUGCAGCAGCUGGACAAAGAGCUGGUGAAGAGACAAGAUGUCAUCUAUGAGCUGAUGCAGACAGAGAUGCAUCACAUCCGGACGUUACGCAUCAUGUCGGAAGUCUACAGCAAAGGCCUACAGAAGGAGCUGCAGCCGGGGCUAAUGAUGGUAGAGAAGCUGUUCCCUGCUCUAGAAGAGCUCCUGGAGUUCCACACACAGCACCUCCAGCGCCUCCUGGAGAGGAAGAGAGAAUGCCAGCUGGAGGGGGGAAGUUUGGAGGGAGUAGUUCUCAUCAACAGGAUAGGAGACAUCCUGGUCAGCCAGUUCUCAGGAUCCAACCGUGAAAGUAUGAAGAGGAUUUACGGAAUAUUCUGUAGCCGCCACAAUGAAGCUGUCAACUUCUACAAGGAGCAACUGACCAAAGACAAACGCUUCAAAGCUUUCAUCAAAAAAAAGAUGAGUAGCAGCAUUGUGCGGAGGCUUGGUAUCCCAGAAUGCAUCUUGUUGGUGACCCAGAGGAUAACAAAGUACCCGGUGCUGAUUCAGAGAAUGCUACAGCACACUAAAGAAAGCGAGGAAGACUACAACGACCUGACAGAGGCUGUUCGGCUCGUGAAGGAGGUGAUCACAGCGGUUGAUAACCAAGUGAAUGAGCAUGAGAAGAAAUGCCGUCUGAAGGAAUUCCACAGCCGCAUGGAGAGCAAGUCCAUCAUGAUGAUGAAGAACGGUCAGAUUUUUGCUAGGCAGGAUCUGCUGAGGCGAAGGUUGAUCCACGAUGGAGCUUUGCAGCUGAAGAACAAUCAAGGGAGACUGAAGGACAUCCAUGCUCUGCUCCUAUCGGAUGUCCUUGUCUUCCUCCAAGAAAAAGACCAGAAAUAUGUCUAUGCCAUGCUGGACCAGCGCUCCACGGUCAUCUCCCUCCAGAAGCUGAUCGUCAGGGAGGUCGCUAACGAAGAGCGUGGCCUCUUCCUCAUCACAGCAGGCAUCGAGAAGCCAGAGAUGAUGGAGGUCCUGGCCAGCUCAAAGGAUGAACGCAACACCUGGAUGCAGCUCAUCCAGGAAACCAUGCAGUCUAUAGAGAAGGAUGAGGACGAAGGGAUUCCCAGUGAGAUGGAAGACGACAAGAGACAACUGGAGACUAAAGCUAAGGAGAUGAGAGAUUUAUUGAGACAGAAGGACAGAGAGAUUAUUUCUCUACUGGAAGAAAAGGUGCGGCUCUUCAGGGGGAUGUGGGAGGGCUUGAACCUAGGCGAGGAGGCCUGCCAGCAGGUUGAACCAUUCUUCAGGUCAGCCAGCAGCCUGGAGCCGCCUAGGGGCUCGUCCAUCAUGAAGGAUGCCCUGCAGGAAGUGGAGACAUUACAGGAGCUUGUGAAUCAUAGCCUGGGCGGGGCAAUGGCCAGUGUCCAGGGGGGAGGAGGCACAGGACCUGUGUCUUUGCCCCGUCGUGCUGAGACCUUCGGAGGAUUCGACAGUCACCAGAUGCACAACAGUAAGAGUGGAGACCUAGACGAGAGCGAAGAUAUGGUGGCAGAUCUGCGCAGGACAGAGUCCGACAGUGUUUUAAAGAAGGGAAGAAAUGCCAACCUGCUGCUGCUACUGAAGAGGAACAGUGAGUUAGUCCUCCACAGUGUCUCCAAUCUUCAUCUCCUGCUCAGCACUCUGCAGGCGGUGGUCAUCCAGCAGGACAGUUUCAUAGAGGACCAGCGACAGGCCCUGAGUGAGCGCGCCUCCUCCUGUAUGUCUUUAUCACGGUCGUCCUCACGGCCCAGUUCCCUGAUUGAACAAGAGAAGCAGCGCAGCCUGGAGAAGCAGCGACAGGAGCUUGCCUCCCUGCAGAGACAGCAGACCGCUCAUGCUGAGGAGAGGAGAAAGAGGGAGAAGGAGUUGGAACUCAGGGAACGGCAGUUGACUGAACGGGAGGUGCUGCUGCACAUACAGGAGGAGGAGCUACAGAAGCAGUACAAGGAGCUAGAGGAGGAGAAGCAGGAGCUGCAGAGUAAGAAGGAGGAGUACCAGAAAGACCUGGAGCGGCUGAGAGACACCCAGAGGAAGCUGGAGAGGGACAGAGAAGUUGUGCAGCAGCAGUUCAACAAGAUGGAGGAGAUCCAUCUCGCUGAGAGAACUCCCUCUGUGACAUCUGAUGAAUCCCAGUUUCCUGGCAGCCCCCAGUCUCUGGAGCUGGACUCGCUGGAACUGUGCUCCUCCUCUUCCUCCUCUUUGCCCAGGCUGCAGCCCCAGUGGUCUAAGCCCAAAGGGAAAGGCCUCCAUCUAUUCACCUCAUCUUCAACUAACACCAACAUCAAGGGCAGCGAAGCCAACAACCAGAUCUCAAAGAGCCUGCUGCAGCUGGCCAAGAACAAGAGCAAAGAGGGAAAGGAGAAGAAGAAGAAGAAGAAGGGCAAAGGGGGGAGUGCGCAGACAACAGAUCCCCAGCAUCUCCCAGAGCCCCCUCUGGAUGGAGAGAUCUACUUCUGCUGAGAUGUGGCUCUCCUCAUCAUCAUCAUCAUCAUCACAUCAUGUCAUUUUGACAUGUAGAAGAAUGUGGUACUCCCAAGUAGUAAAACAUUCAUCUACAGACUUAAUACUGCAGUGUACUACCAGAAUCCCUGCACUUUUGAAAUAAGUUUGAAGAGACUUUUAUUAUCAUGGUGUAAAGCAGUUUAACAUUACAUGCAAGAAGAAGACAUACAAUAUGUAUUUUUUUGCAUUUUUAACUCAAAGACCACUUCUUUUAGUUUCUGUAAACUAGAAUAUAUUAGAGAUUCUAUUUUAUGUGCAAGUACAGUAUGUACCUACAGUUGCAGUGCAUUAAAAUAGGGAACAGAGAUUAGCUGUGCAAUUUGGGGUAUUUUCUGUCCAAAAACGCUGUUUCCUUUUCCAAAGAAGGCAUUAGAAGUUCUUCAUUUUGAAGACAAAUUAUACAGUUAUGACAGCUCUGUGUCACAAAAGCAUUUCACAAUGAAUUCUGUCACAAUCUCUACCAAGCAUGUCGUGUCCUUCCCUGCCUUUCUCUUUUCAUGUCUGUUUUGGCCCCCAGUAUGCUGUGUUUUGUCAUUUCUGUGUGGCUUUAAUUAUAUGUAGAAAAGACACAGACAUUUCCAGAUGUCACCUGGAAACAGAUGUGACUGUGAACAAGCUCAACGUGGCACUGGAAGCUCCUCAUCCUUAAUCUUCGUCACUGAUAGAACCACGCAGGAACAUGUGUCCUAGCAACAUUACUUUAUCCACAAAAGUCUAGUGUGUCAUUUCCUACUGAAAGAAAAUCAUUGCCUGACAUUCCUGUGCUCACUGUUUGAAAAGCAGAUGGAACAUUGACUGAGGUUGUCUCUGGUCUGUAAGCAAAAUGGAACUGGCAUGUGACAACUGCAGUAAUCCUCUAUAACAACAUUAUGCCAUCAGUUAUGUUUCUUGGUGAGGUUUUAAUUUAUUUGAAUUAUGGAUAUCUGCAUUCUGGAGUGAAACUCUCCACAGAUGUGUGAAUCUGUUUUUCCAGGCGUAACGGUAAUGAAAAGACUGAGACAUAUCUCCCUGUGUCUAAUGGCUCAAUUCAUAUCCUUUAGUGUGUUUUAGAGCCUUGGAUGGAUAUUAACUUGAUCCUCGCUUUAUCUGCCUUUCAGUGGGCUUUUAUGCAGCCCAUUUCAUUUUUUAUCUGAGCGCCAACGAUGGGGCUUUCCUUCGUCUUUUUUUAAUUGCAUGUAACUCUGCAGGUAGCAUACUAAUGGCUUCUGUCUGUUAAAGAGUUCAGCUUUCUACUUCAACCUCCCUCUUUCAGUUCUGCAAAUAGACUCUAGAUGCACACAGUUGAUGGGUUUUAAGAAUUGGAGACGGGACAAAGGAGCUGGUCAGAGGAAAUGAGAAAGGGCAUUUCCAAAACACCAAAUGAUGUUAUAGUAUGUGUUCCUGUUUAAAGACUAAGCUGCUUGAGCCUCUGAUCAUUUAAAAUUAAUCAGCACUCAUCAGUGUUGCACUUUGGUCCUAUAAUGUUGAGGCAUUUUUUUAAUCAGUAUGAAAGAUCAGGAGUUCUUUGAUCAAGGGCACUGAUGCUCAUAAAAUGCAAUGAUAAUCCAAAGUGAUACAGUGUGUUCAAGUACAAAAAAGAUGCUGUGGUUCCACUGUGUUAGUGUUAAAACUAGAAAUGGGCUCAUAUCUUUUAUGUAAUGUUUCCAAGAUGUCCUGAGUGGCCUGUCUUAAUUUUUUAGCCUGUGUUUUAGCCCCAUUACACCCAGACUAUGGGCCACACAACUACCAGCAGGACAGGUAGGAAGUGCAAAGUAGUUUUAAAAAAAGCCCUUUUCCAGUGAAUUACAGAGCAGCAUCAUUGAACUACUGCCUUACAGCCUCUUUUGUCUCAUGUUUAAGAGCUUGUUUGUUAACUUACCGUCUGUGUUGAGGAUUUGACUAUAUGUCCUGGCUGGCGUAUUAUAAUGUGUUUUCUAAGAGGCUUACAGUACCAGACAAUUAGUUGCUUCAUGUCUUUGUUUAUGGAUUUGGUGUAAUCUGAAACUGAGGAAUAUUUUUUGUUUUAGGUGUUUUGACUACUAGGGAGCACUACACCUAUGACUAAAUGUGUUCCCUCCCUCACAUAACAACAACCCAACAGUAUGUAAUUGCUUUUAAAAAAAAUUAUUUUAUUAAAUAUUCUUCCUGCUGUGCAAAAUGCACAUUUUGCACAGCAGGAAGAAUGUACAUUUUGCACAGCAGGUUAUUGCUGUGCAGAGAUAAUGUAAUGAGCAUGGGCUCCCACAUUCUGUGGCAUUUUCCCCAUGACAUUUGUAAUUGACUGCAGAAACAGAUAAGUUGUUAGAGAUUGUAAUUGGUUAUUCAGUGAAACCGAUCAGCAGCAGCAGCUUUAAAAUGGGUUUAAAAAAAGGUUAGAGGGAGCGACCCAGCAGAACCAUAAACCUCUUUGUGUAAGGGACAAUCAGCGGGCAUGAGUCAGGAAAAUAAACUCCCUCCACUGAUGCUGAUAGGCCUGUCAAUGAGACAAACGUGUCCAUCAAGUGAAGCCUGCAUAGCCUUAAAUCUUAACAAUGAAAUGCACUAAAGUAGAACCCAGCAUCUUCUCAAGACGGAGAGGAGAGCUCUUAUACCUCUGCUUUGAAACGAAGGACAUGUUUGUACUAUAAAAAAUGGUACACAGUUUAACUUUCAAUGUAAAAAUGGCAAAUGUGUAAAUGACUUAUGUAUAAAACAAAUCAAAUGUUUUAAAAAAACCAUUCCACUUGAUUUAUUGCAACAUUUUGUAAGAAUGUUUUGUUUUAUUCCCACUCUUGGUGUGUUGAACA